UCCUGCCUACCUACCUUGUAUAAUUAAAUAAAUACCUCUAUCUCUCUUUCCAAAUCUUUAACUCUCCUUCUCCUUGUUCCUCUUCAUCAUUCCCCAUACCCCACAAAAUUAGAACACUCUUCUGCAGAAACUGAAGAACACAAUUACUUCGUAGAGAAAUAAUUAUGAGCAGUGGUGGUGGGCCUUGUGGUGCAUGCAAGUUUCUUAGAAGGAAGUGUGUGAGGGAUUGCAUAUUUGCACCUUAUUUUGACUCAGAACAAGGCAUGUCACACUUUGCUGCUGUGCAUAAGGUGUUUGGAGCUAGCAAUGCCUCCAAACUAUUGCUCACAAUUCCACCAAACAAGCGCCUUGAAACUGUUAUUACUCUCUGUUAUGAGGCUCUCGCUAGAGUUAGAGACCCUGUCUAUGGCUGUGUUGGCCACAUCUUUUCCCUUCAGCAACAGGCUGUGACAUUGCAAGCAGAGUUAGCUUACGUUCAAGCCCGUAUUUCCACCCUGCAGCACAGCCUCCCAAUGGCACCAACACCAUCGCUGGCAGAAGUAGGAGCAUGUUGUUCUAACAUAUCAUCAUCGGUGUGUACUAUGGAUCCUUUGAUCGAUGUAACAGGCUUAUGUGAUGUGUUGGAUCAACAACUGGAUAAUUGUGACCUCCAUACAGUUGCUGUAGACUUUGUCUCCAGGCAUUAAUCUAGACUUAGGUUCUGGUCUUCUAUCGCCAUGCAUCACAAUGAUACUUGACUUAGUUUUAACUCUAUGAAGAUUGUCAUCUAACUCUCUUUUGUUUUAUAUGUAAUUUAGUCCUUUCCUUCUCUG